GAGUUGUUCAGUUGAAACAAAACAAGAAAAAACGAAGUGCACCACCAAAAACAGCGGGGUUGAACCGGUCAUAUGAUUGCCCCGUGCAAUCGGCGUUAUCUCGACUACGACGGAACGAGCAGAACGAGCGAAUCAAAGGGCUUUGCGAGUUUGGUGAGCAACGAACAACAAUAGCGGUACCGCCGAGCAGUAUAAGCUCACCGGAUUAGCGAAACGGAUGCUGGCGGUGCGUACGCUGGCGUGCUAUGGCCCGUAGGAUUGGGUCCAACCGAAACCAUUCACGCCCGCUACGGUACGGUGUCCGGGGGCGAAGGUGGACGGUGGCAGACCGGCGUGUACGACAACAUUCCGUGCAUUGGUGCGUUCCUGCGGGUCCGUGAAGGCCGCCGCCCGAAGGAUGAUGGGACGCGAUCUGUCGGCGCACGGGACGUUUCUAGUGUGCGGCAGCAAGUGCAACUCGCAGGUGCAGCUACCAGAGCUCGGCCCCAGUUUGGCCAGUUCUUCGCCGAACCGGCCCCGCCAGAGUGUAACGGUGCAAGUGUUGAAGUGAGUGCGGUCGGUGCUUCCCUUGAUCCUUACGUUUCUUAGUGAUUGUGUGUGUGUGAUUGUGUGCGUGUGUGCGUGUGAGGCCGCGAGGCGUAUCUAUGUGAGUGUGUGCAGGUGCCCGUGGACGUCGCUCCACGAGAGGCCGGUGAAGGUUCAUGCUCCUUGGCAGGAUUCGUCGGAGGGCCCUGGCCCUGCUGGGCGCCCUCCUGCUGGUGAUCCUCGUCUGGCCUCCCUGCUGCGCCACCAUGCCCAAACCGUUGCCGACGGUUCCGCCCCGUGCACCCUGGGACAUUGUGCCACCGGCCCGUCCACAUCCAGCCGCCGCCGUCCUACCGGUACCGCUGCAACCGUGGACGACCGGGGAGGGUACGAUCGCCCCCAAACGGCACCACGUCCCAAUCGGGCUGGGCAGUGCACGGCAACAGGAAGGGCAGCAGCAGCAGCAGCAGCAGGAGCAGGAACCGGCGGAAUCGGAGAGCCGGAAGAGCCGGCGUGUCAGUGAGUUUUACCGUCUGGUGCGUGCCCUCAGCCCGAUCGCCCAACCACGAUCACCAACACUAGAACCGAGCGCACGAACACAGAGUGAAGUGAGUGCAGCGGUGCAGUUAAAUUUACCGUCGCGCGAAAAUAGCGCCGACGCGCGUGAUUAUUUAAUAGAACCGAUCGAUAAAAAUAAAUCCCAAUCGGCGCAAACGGUACGCGACCGGCCGCAGGAUACCGUGCCGGGCCGUGUUCACGCCAGGUUCGAUGACACGGAUCCAUCCGGCGAUGCACUGUCGCGAAGUAGACGCGAGGCACUGCCCGGCAAUCAGCAUCACCGCCACCAGCAUCAACUUCCCGGCCAACCGCUCAAUGGUACGGUGGGUGUGUGGCAUGGGCGGCGUGGUGGUGGUGGCGGCCGACAUCAUCAUCAACAGCAGCAACAGCAACAACACCGGAACAAUGAAUCGAAUCUCGAGCGGAACGAACGUUCCGCCAACCUGUCGCACAUCACCGGUGCAACGCGCAAGAUCCAGCUGUUCAUCAAGAACCGCUACAUCCAGCUGCUGCCCGACGGAACCGUCAACGGCACGUACGACGAUCUCAGCGACUACACGAUUCUACAGCGGACAACCGUCGGGAUAGGACAGAUCAAAAUACAAGCCGUUGCGACGUGCCUGUUCCUCUGCAUGGACACCUGCGGUAGCGUCUACGGUUCGAAAGAAUUCACCGACGAUUGCAUCUUCAACGAGCAGAUGGAGCAGCAUCACUACAACACGUACUCCUCCACGCAACACUCGAACGCGCGCCGGACGCUGUAUCUGGCGCUGAACAAAACGGGCCAGCCACGCAAAAUCCAGAUCCCCGUCAAUCGGACACUCGGCAAGCUGGCCACCUACACGAAGGCGCUCACCCAAACGGUGGCCCACGAUCGAGUGGAGCAGCUGAUCUCGCGGCUGUUCGGUGCCGAUCACGUUCGCCACGGACUGAACCAGCUGUGCGAGGCGGGACAACCGUUGGUAGAGUUGACGGCUAAGGAAAUGCGCCCGCGACCGGUCUGCGGUCCGCAGGCAGGGUCUGCGAAAGGUGUUGCUGGGGUUGGAGGAGGUGGCGGUGGUGGUGGUGGUAAGAAGAACAGUCAGCAGAACGCUGCUGGUAAAGACGAGAAGGAUGGGCUGCGACAGAAGAAGAAGAAAAAGCGACGGAAAUGUCGCGAGGAUGAGGUGCCGGGAGAGCACUGCUUCCGACCGGGUGCGCCCGGCACUGGAGUAGGUGGUACAAAUAGUGGUAAGAAGAAGGCAGGCCCGCACCAGGGACAGCCGAGGGGCAGUAGUAGUAUUAGUAGCGAUAGUGGCAGUAUCAGCCCUAGCAGUAGCAAUAGUUCUGUAGGUAGCAGUAGCGCAGGCACCAACCAGUCAGCCAGUCUCAACAACGUCACCAGCAGCAGUAGUAUUAGCAGCAGCAGCAGUGCAAAUAGUCUAAUAGCAAGUAUUAGCAACGGUGGACCUAACCGUCCGGGUCAACCGUACGCCCAACUCACAGCAACACCAAAUACCCGGAAGCCGAAACCGACCAAGAAGCUUCCAUCCGGUCCGCGGAACGGAACGCAACCGCCAAGCGGAAGCUCCGCCGCUGGUUCAACGCGAAAGCCGAAAAAGCCUAACCAGCAGCUCCAACAGCAACAGCAGCAACAGCCGGCCAACGGUAAGCGGAACGGUACCAAACCGAACGGUUCGGCCAAGAUCAAACUUGUCGGUGCGAGUAUAGUGACCAGCAAGUUGAGCCAUCCCAAGCCGGCCUCGCUAACGAUCGCACGCACCGUGCGUCCCACGACACCGUUCCCACUAGCAACGCCCCGACCCACCACCAAACCGACGACGAUCGGCAACGAUCUGCAGGAUACCUCGCAACAGUCCGACGACUCCGAGCUCGAGAUGGACGACGUGCUGCACCCGUCCUCCGGCGAGCUCGUGGACGAGCUGGACGAGCUCGACGAAGCAACAGCCGCAUGUCUAAACUACCUUCGAGGUGCUAAACCGAUGCUCCGCUCGGGUCGUAAUGGCGCAUCUGCUCCAACUUGCACGUUAGCCUACCACAAGCAUGGCGAACCGCAUCGCACGAGGCGUGGUGGACCGUACCUGUAGCAUGCCAACGAACAGGACCUUGGACGAUUGCUGCACCAGCAAGUCUUCUUCCAGGUGGUCGAUAUGUGGGUGUGUGAAUUUUGUGCAUGUUUUGUUUUGUGUGUAGAUCAAUCAUGGUCAUGAUCGCAUGUCGCAUCACCAGAAACAUCAUUGUGUUUUGUGUGUGCUUGUAUUAUCAUCCAUAGGUGUGUAUUGUACCGUAAUCGUACCUGUGUGUGUGUGUGUUCAUUUGUGCGUGGGAUAAGAGCGUCACGCCCUAAUUCGGAACCUUCCUGUUCUUCUUCUUCUUCUUCUAUUCCGCCGUUUAUUUCAGUUCCAGGACAUUCUCCCACUGCUUCCUCCUGGCACGAAUUGCUCCCCACCAGCUCGGUAUCCGAGCAGCGCAGCCGCUACCAUGCGUUAUCCUGCUGUAGUUUCCUUAGCCUAAGCACGCUCGUUGUGUACGGUGCCACUGCGCAUUUGCUCUAUCUAUGAUCGGAGAGUUCGGCAAACUCCCGUCCUGAUGCACCGUCGCUAACGCCCAACUGUCACGAAAACAUGGCCAAAUCCCUCCUAUUCUUGGAGCCCUGCAAAUGGUUUGUCACCGAGAUGUGAAGAGCAGAAUCGCUGGAUGCACCGGUGAUAAGCAUUGAUAACCCUAAUUGGCAGUACGAUGACGGUGAAACUACGGGAGUAAAAAUCUCAUUCGUGACACGCGUGACAAACCACUGAUAAACUGAUGGAGAGACUGAUUUUUAUUUUCCAACACAUUGUUUGACCUGGUAGCGUCCUUAAUGUCCCAAUCAUUGUUCCUUUCGAUUGUCGCAGACGCUUCGGCCGUUAUGCUUUGCUGUGUAUGUUUAAACCCCCGUCUUUGGUUACAUAUUUAACGCUCAGCGCAGAGCUUUCUCCAAUAGGCAACCCAUUAACACCCAUGGCAACAUUAAUAUUUAGACUGAACUCUUGCAGAGUCAAGUUUGCGCCGCCGAAAUCGCCCACUCUCAUCACACACCAAGCGGAUCAAUCCUCAGAAUCCUUGCUAACUUUUACUGGUUCGGAGAUACUUCCAUGACGUCUAUAACUACUGUAGGUUACUAUUUAAACGUAUACUCCUAACGAUUGGUCCUCCACGGAGGCAUAGGUGUCUGCCGUUCCUGCCGCAGAAACACACGCCAUUUUUUCUGGUAUCCGCAGGUUUCCGUUUCGCUGCUACUCGGUACUGUCUGUACAUAGUUAGUGGUAAGGUGAGGUAAAAGUAUUGCAAAAUGGUCCACCAGUCAUCGGAAUACGCUAGGUUUAAACUGCAUCGGUGUCCCCUUUAUUUAUGUCUUUGUUGUAAAGGUGAAGCAAUCAGGCAACCGCUCUUUUUAGAAUCUGUGCUUUAUUUUUGUCUGUAACAGGACAGAUACUGUGUACAUAGAAACUACAGGCUGUGUGGCAGCAACACAUUGUAGAAUUUCAGUUCGUACAGCAGAACACCGUAACCGUAAUGGAUCUGACUCUAGAUGGUACCUACACAGAGAAAUCCGUUCCUCCAUAUGGCUUUCCCCAUUAUAAGCGUUGGCAUGUAGAGUUGGCAUGUUUAAGCUUCCGGACCUAUUUCCGAAUAACUGUAGCCGUAGCCGAAAAAAAAUACUCAACAAAAGCCGCAUCUUUUACGAGAUCUAACUCAGGAGUUCAGAAUUCGAACAACACUUACUAGACACUUAAGGCUGCGGUAGGACGACAACGCGAUGUGUGUGUGUGUAGACACCUUGUAAAGGUUGACAGGUUCACCCCAUACUGAUCGAACGAUUUUAACGCCAACGACAAUGAGAGAGAGAGAGGGAGGGAGCGCGCCACGUGGUGUGGUCCUCGGAUUUCGCCGAGUCGAUCGUUCGAUUCUACGCUGUAAAUCCAUUGCACCCGAAAUCGAACGACUAGAAACAAUACUACACACAAGUAAUACCAAAUAGUGCGCAAACAGUCUUAGUUGGAGCUCUAGUGGUAAGAUUUAACGAUCCUCGUUCUGACACAGCUGAAUGAUAGACAAUAAUACCCCAGCAAAACAGUUCAAUCCUGGAAGCCUUUAUCGCUGUAAGAUAAUCAUACAAAAACUUCCGAUUCCCAAAUGGUUAAUAGUCACGUUUGGAAUGUCGCUCGAGCAUAUGGACUCACUUCAUAGCGAUCGAUCAUAUUAUUUAUUGUAAAAACAGAGGCCAAACCUAAUUGCUCCCAACAACAACUGCCAAUGGAGACACAGUAACAUGAACAAGCCGAUGUUGGUACGGAGUUUCGGUUGCGAACAUUGCUUAUUCUCUGGCCUGCAUCGUUCCUGUGCGCUUGCGAAAUCGUAUUUUUCUUUUUUAAAUGCAUUACUAUAAAUUCUUCUAGUCAUUAAUAACUUAUUUAGUUAUGCUAAACCCAAACCCCCAUGUGAGGUAAUCAGAACGAUCUGGUGAUUGUGCUUUAUUUUUAAUCAAUUUACUGUGAGUUUUGUUCAAAAUUUACACCAACUGACGUCUCUCGAAAAGUAAUAACUGAAAAAGCCUCAUCAUUGCUAACGAUCACGUAGUAGGUAGUGGAGGUAAUAGGCAACAGAAUCAAAGAACACGCACAUUUUGGUUGCGUUUGCAUCACGCUGGUUUUGUGAUGAAAGUCAGAACCGUUUUCAUGCUGCUUAUCGAAAAGUCAAUGCCUAACAGUAUCGAAGAACUGAGUGCCAUAUAAUAUUGUAAAGGGAAAGGGAACGUGAGAAGCGUUCGCGUCGCGCAAGCCAUAGCUCUUAGAGGAAACAGUCGACUACUUGCUUGCUUCUUUAUUUUUUUUGAAUUUAAUAUCUCCAGACCAAUAACAUUCAAAACUCUAUCGAAAUGCUUGACGCGAAAAUUGAUAAAUGAAGCGCAUUGAGCUACAUACGCAAAAUCAUAGAUCGUUCUUUUAUAACAUCACAAAUAUGCACACACACGCACUGUAGGGAAUCAACCUGAUCGACGCGGAGCAGCCAUGCAUUAGCUUUGACUUAAAAGACAGAGAUUUUACAAAAACAUGUGUGCUAGAAUCAAGUAAAUUUAUUAACAUCACUUUUCCAUCAGCAAAAAGAAAAGGAAGAGCAUGAAGAUAAAAAAUGAAUGGAAAAAGUACUACAACCAAGUAAAAGUAACCCGCAAAAGAUUCUCAGCAACUGCAAACGUACAUUGUGUAUUUGUAAAUAGUAGAACUAAAGGAAGUGAAAAAAACAAAAACAAGAAAACAAAACAAAAACAAAUUUGCAACAAAUGCAACGAAUAUGGUAAACCGUAAAAAGUAAGAAGGAAAGUAAAGAAAAUGAUAAAACCGCUUAAUCUAGUGCUUGUAAACCGUGUACUGCAAGCAAACAAAAUGGGCAUGUAAACCAACACUAAUUGUCUAUGUCUAAGGGAAGCCGGCAGAACGCGAAACAAAUUAAACCGUAAGCUGUAACAGUCUAAACUACGCUGAUAUUGUAAAAUAUGCAAACACAAUGUUAAAGUGGAACGAAUAAUACUGCUACAAAAUAUACGAAAUCUAGUAGAAAACAAA